AUGGCCACAUGGAGGGAACUAGGGGAGGUCCCGGAUUCGGACGAUGAUGGAGACUUCGACAACUGUGGGCAGGCACACGAUUCGACACUCACCUAUUCCUUCGACUCGGACCAACACAAUGAAGCCGCUCCCCCGACAUCGCAGGCCGUCCCGACCCACGGAUUGCUGUCCCAAGCUAAGAACACAAGCCAGAGCAUAUGGGAUGUUCCCGCAUCCUCACCGAUCGGAGAUGCUCAAGUGGUGGCGCCCUUGCCCGACCGGCCAACUACUCCCCAGCCUCGAGUGCACAUGGCCAUGCCGCCGGCGUCGUCUCCCCUCUCCUCAGCCCCGGACGAUGAUGAGCUUGCCGAUAUGUUCUCAGAAGCACCGUACCGAGCUGCCGCUUCCGCAAUUACGAAGCCGUCGCGUGUCGUUGUCUCCGCACGCGGCGAUUCCCCAGAUCCCCUCGGCUUCGAGACUGACGAUGUAUCAGCGGGACUUGUUGAGCUGACUGAACCUCCACCCGAAUUUCUCUUCGAUCGAGAUCAUGCAAAGCCGGUCCCCCCUCCUGCUUCUACGCAACAUCUCCGUCGUCAACAUUCGACUCCCCCGAGUCCCGAAACCGUCUCGGCCAUAGCAGCUGCUGUCACGGCCGCACAGCGCUAUGAGCGCUCAUUGCGUCCGAGAAAACCUAUACAAGAGCAUCCGUACAUGAUCGAGAGCGCACAGUACAACAAGGCUCUGAAGGCCCGCGGCAUCAAGCCCGUUCGCAUGCUGGAGGAGGCGCAUGCUCGAAGCAGGAACAAGACACCGGAAGACGAUUCGCAAGAGCAGGAGUUUCAAGAAGAGAGUCAGAACACCGUCAGCGAACACCAGGAGGAGAGUCAGUCGCUGCUACAUGAAUCCUUGGACGACUCGGCUUCUUUACCGACGUUCCCCUCGCCGUCCACUGCCAAGACGUCGUCUCAACCACCACGGAAUACCUCAAGCAGUCCUCGCAGCGUUUCACGCGAGACCAAUGCCACGAGCCCGUUCAUCGACUACGGACGUCACGAGAGCGGCGAGGAGAGCGAUGGGUUGCCGUCUUUGAAACAGCUGUUGACUGCCCCGACGUCAUCCUUUCCAGUGAAGAGACAUCUGUCAUCCCUACUGACGUCGUCACGGAAGUCGACGAAUAGAUCUGCUUCGCACAGCAGCCUCGAGCCGACCUCUGGUAACUCACAUCCGUUGCACCCUCCGCACGUCAAGUUUCGUCAGCCUCGGCCGCUACCACCCGCUGCCCCUAAGGCAAAAAAGGUUCCAAAGCAUAGCAGAGGAUCCCGAGGUCGGCCUCCCAGAGUCGAUACAUCGGAGCAGACAACACCAUCCCGACCUCGGCCUAUGAGCCCAGAACAAGAUUACCUUGAGCGUCCUCUUGAGCGUCCUCUUGAGCGUCCUCUUGAGCGUCCUCUUGAGCGUCCUCUCAAGCGUCCUCUUGAAAGCCCUAUUGUGAAUCUUUCAGAGGCUUCUCAUACGGACGAUGCGUCAGAUUCCGAGGUUAGCGAGGAAUCCAAUAGCACUCCAAAGCAUGGCAAAGAACUCGUGGCAUUUGGACGCAGAGCUCGAGGAGUUCUUCCAGCGUCUCAUUUCAGGCUAGACCGACCGAUGGAGCAGCCAAAGCCUCAUCGAGCUGCUCAGGCUCGGCCGAUGCCGCCUGACUCGACCCAACGACGCGGCAUCGCCAUGCCGAGAAUGAAGACAACAUCAAAUCAGUCGCCGUCCACACCCGCCUUCCCUUUUGACCUGUUCGACGACGAAGAGUCUGAGGCGGAAUCUUUGCAAACACCUAGACCGAAGACCGAGAAGCAUUACUCGCAACAGAUCCUGCACAUUGUAAAUGACGAUGAUGAUGACAUGUCUGUGGUUGAGGAUAACGAUAUCGAUCAUAUGGUACAACGACCCAAACGCCAGCUGAAUCAAUCUGUCUCGGGUGCAAGUUCUGCGAAAAGACGAAAAUUAGACAAGUCUGGUGCCAGACAGCGUCAGCAACCGACCAUUACGAGCCACUUCGGUUCAGGCAACGGUGCUUCCGCAAAACGACAGAAGCCACCACGACGCAGUCAGAAUAAAGAAAAAUCGUCAAUGAGAGCGUCGAAGAAAAAGCCUCAAAGGACGUACAAUCCACCUCGACUGGGCAUCCUAGACGUUAUUGAGCCCGAGGCACCACGAUUCUUAAGACUUGCCGCGCGUACUGUGAAGAGCAAAGCCCAGCGAGGAAGAUCCAGCCCAAGUAGAAAAACAAUAUGUCUGGGUACCAGGGAGGAUCAGCUCGACGCUGGUAGAGUCCUGCAAGAUUGGAUCGGUGGUGAAAUCCGUCCUCGGCACUCGGUCACAAACUCCUCGACCGCCGUUCAAGGUUCCGACCGGCAACCGUUGGCUCACAUUUCACAUAAUGGCGUUGCUCCGGGUUCAUCUGAGUCUCCCGAUACCUCGACAGACUCCUUCAGCAGAAUCACACAGCCAAACCGCAAUGCUGCCGCUAAGAACACGUCUCGCAUGUUGCCGAGAAGCAGAGCUGCCAGCGCCCGGCCUGCCCAAUUCGAGGCGGAUGUGAUGAACGAGGCUAGCACAGUAAGCUUUCAAACCAAAAAGAGGAUGCUGGAUGCCAUCUAUCGUCGCGGAGCACGUCCUCGGUCGGUGUUCCAGAGUACUAUGUCUCUCAUGGCUAAAGACAAUGAUGGGUCUUUGGUCAUGGAAGAAACCGAAUCCGCAGUGCGCAAGGAUCUUUCGGUGAACGUGACAAAGCCGUCGCGGAGGAGGUCGAAGAAGACCGAGAAGCCUACUCGAGUGGACACAAGGGCGCCUCAGUACCGACAUGCGCAUGAUCCUCUUCCUAGCGGACCUCGAACAGACGGACACAUCAGUGCUGCAGAUCUAGGCGUCGACCAAUUGCUCGGCCUGGCGCCUUUUGGAGCUCAUUACAGCGAACACUUUGAGGUUUUCCCACUGCAAAGAGGGGUCUUCUUUCAUGAAGAGACGCUUCUUGGUAGUGGGUGCUUCCAAGCUUCACUCGCCUCUGGCUUGCUGGAGAAGAUCAAGCAGCCGCGGCCCCGAAUCUACUUCAAUCUUAGCGGCCAGCCUUUGAAAUGGGGCUUAUGGGAUGAACAAACUUCGUCCGAAUUCGGAGUUCUUGUUGAUGCAAUCUGCAAUCAUCUCACUGAGAAAGGUCCUGAUGGCGAUUCGGGCUUCGACACCAGAGAUGCUGCAAGGUUCAUGCGCACGUAUGUGCAAGAUAGCCUCAGUGUUACUGAUGAUACAAACUUGGGAACGUUCUUGUCUCGCCUGCAGCUUGUUUUCGAAGGCUUUUUCAGUCGCUUCAAAGGUCAAGCAACAUUCUUGGACCGAAGGAAGACGAUAAAGGCUCUAGAGGUGCUGUCAGAAUUCCUCAUCAUCGUACUCUGCAGUCUUUCGAUCUGCAGAGAUCAAGCUUCCAUGAUUCCGCAGAUCAUGGGGCUCGAAACUCUCCUACGUGAGGUCAUAGCCACUUCUGUGGCCUGUCUUCUACAAAUAGGGACGACGUCACUGGUCACUCUUUAUGGCAGCCUCCAGCAACUAACAAACCGGGAACGUGGUAUUCGAGCCGACAACGUUGCAGCACAGACCUGGGUCAUGCUAAUGAGAGCCCUCGGACAUCUGCGGAUUCCCCGGAUGUCGUUCUGGGAUGUCACAUUCCCGGUUUUGAUCAAGGGCGAAGAUAAGACCGGCCUCAAUGUACAAAGAUUCGAGCAACUUUGGGAAACGAUGUUCACACUCCUGCCCCUGUGCGAGUUUGAUUCGUCUGGCGUACUCGUCUCGGAUACCCGGCACAGUGUCGCUAUGGACGGCUGGGCUUUGCCUCAGCUUGCCCUGAAGCGAGUCUUCCAGUUGUAUAAAGCAAACAAUCGACAACCGCCUGGGUUUAACGAUUACUGUAGAACCCUCGUGCGUCGAUGCGUAUACUUGGUCGACAACUGGGGAUGGUACAGAUGCGGCGGCGUCAUUGGCACUGUCUUCGAUUUCUUCGGUUCACAAAAUCUUUCAAAUCUGCGAAACGAAGAAGUCUUCCAGUCACCCGCUUUUCUCGAGCAUUUGCACGUCGAAACGGCCUUGCGAGUCGAACCGGAAGAUCGCUGCUUUCACAUUUUCCUGAAGCUGGUCGCUCUGACCAUUCAACGCCUGGUGCAGACUGGAUCCGACAGAGAGAUUCGCAACCUCGUAGCGCGGACUCUACCGAAUCACGACCGCCAGUAUCUCAAGGAGCAGAAUGUUCACCAGCAUGAUCUUGCUGCCCUUCGCAACCAUCAUGACCUUCUCUGUACCCUCUUUUGGGCGACACCUGCUGAGUUGCGCCCUAGCACACUUCUUGCUCUUUUGGAGAAACUUGUCGUCCCUUCAAGCUCUCACAAGGAAGCCUGCCUCAUAAACCUCAAGGCUUGGGCUCAACUGGCAAGGUUUGUGGUUCACAAAGAAUCAGUGGCAGCGUUCAGACCUUUUUCUCUCUGGCAGGGAAGCGCUUUUCAACAGCUCCUGGACCAGUACGACUCGACGGCUUCGGACAUACAGCAACAGUUGUCGUCCAUGUCCAAAGACGCUAGUCACGGCAUUGACCAGAAUCUCAUCAACGGCAUCAUAGCCAGUAACAAGUCUGCCACCAUGGAAGUCAUUCGGUAUUCCGUGGCGAUCUCGCUCGAUGUUGCGAAGUGCGCAAGAAGCUUGGAGCUCUCCAUUUUUGCUGGAAAUCUAGUUCAACUUCGGCACGUUUUACGUCAAUUCUCCAAGUCACCGGCAGAAUAUCCGUUGAGUAUACUUAAGGAUGCUGUCGCGACUGUCGAUGUUUUCUUGGUUCAUGUCGAGAGGGCCCUCGGCAGUGUUCAGAAAGAGAACAAUGCGGCUGGGCUUGAAGACGGCAUCAUGAAGAUAGAUAAUGACCUCACUGCGGACUUCUACGCAAUGGCCAGGAACAUGUUGCAGACUAGCUCGACGCGUCUAUCACGAUGUUUCAAAACCAGUCAACGCAGCAAGGCAGGGAAACACGAGCUCUUCGAAGGGCUGCCGAAUCAGCUUGUUCCGCUCCAGAGUCGAUAUCUCCACCUUUUCCUCGCCAACCUAGAUAAGGAAUUAGAUCUGACGUUGUGGCUCCUCUCUCUCACCAAACCUAGAGAGGAUAUGCUCUUCGAGCAUCAAUUUGCGUUGAGCCUGAAGAAGCUGAAGUAUCCUUUCUUGCCCGCAGAGAGCGAUAUGUUGCGACAUGCAAAUUACGACAUGAACUGCGACAUGUUAAGAAAAACACUGGUGUGGAUGAGAACGUCCCUACGGACGUCAUCGACACCUUUACAAAAGAAGUCCAACACAUCCGACUAUGCUGCUGCACUCAAGGCAGUCAUGCAACGGAUCCAGAACGAUUUGCAUGAUGUUUCUCUGACAAACGAUGCACAACACACAAGAUACGUUCAGUUUGUGCGCCGCGUUGUGUCCUUGGUCAAGUCCCACACAACGGAAAUCUUCCAGAUUCCGCCCUUCUUCUACCAAGUGAGCAAAGAAUACUCGCCGCCCGUGCAGGACCCGCACCUUCAAGUAGACAGCAUCAAAUCGUACGGCCUCAGACUGAACGAGGGUGAUUCCCCGGCGAUGCCACAGUUGUUUUACUACAUGUACAACAACUUCAAACAGGCACUCUUGCAUGGCAGACUCGGGCACGAGACGCGCAUUCUCGCCAAGGGCAUGAAGGACGAUGCCAUUCUGGGGUUCACGCUCGGCACGAUGCUGCCGGUGGUUCUGUCAGCUUCGGUUAUGAAGCCCGAGGCUUUCGUCCUAUUCGACACGUAUUGCGAGGCCAUCAGGCUGCGAUUGGAUGGCGUGGCCGCUCGACAGAUGGAUCAAUCCCGCGAGCAGAUUCCCACGCUGAUUCGGGCCAUGAUGCGAUGGAUUCGCGGGGUCCGCAAGCGCUGA